AUGUGCCCUGGUGGCUUCAACCAAGAAAAGCGUCUUAGAAGGAAGUUGCGUCGUCAACUGAAACAAGACCGCGACAACGAGUGGAUGUCAAGAGCGGUGGAGCUUGAGAAGGCGUGGGAAAGCCUAUGCUCUACUAAAACAACCUUGCUGAACCGGUUAGCACCGUCAGCUCCUGAACUCGAACACGGUCAUAGAACGACAUAUGCGGUUAACGAGGAGCCACCGACCGAGUCGGAGGUCCUGCUCUGUAUUCAGAAAAUGAAGAAUGGAAAAGAAUGA